AUGGCUACCUCCACAAACGAGCGGACGGGCUCCUGCCUAUGCGGCGCCAUCCAGGUCCGCAUCACGGGCGAGCCGAUCUUUACGAACCUGUGCCAUUGCACCUCGUGCAAGAAGGCCUCGGGCUCCACGGUCGUCUCCAUAGCCGCUUACCGCUCUGAAGAUGUCACUUACACGGCCAACCCGCCAGACGCCUUGAAAACCUACAACGAUGGCUCUCCGGAAUCUGGGAGAGUGCUUGAGCGGGCAUUCUGCGGAAUCUGCGGUUCGCGGGUGAGGAACGCGAGCCUGAGUUUCCCGGGCUCCGUCGCGCUGCCUACAGGCAUACUCGACGGCGACAAAGAGGACCUGAAGCCCAAGUACGAGCUCUUCUGCGCCAGUCGGGAGAACUGGAUGGCAGAUGUCCCUGGGACGGAGCAAUUCGCCACCAUGCCGCCUCCAGGAUUCCAGGCGCCAAAGCCUGGGGAGAAACAAGGCACUUGGUCAUUAGAAUCCUAG